CUCUCUGUACCCAGCUAGUGCUGCUAGUACUACUACACGACCACUUCCCACCACUAGGAGCCGUAAUUGCUACUACUUGUCCACCACCAUCUCCUUUCCAGCCAUGGUACCGAAGUAGUACUACCAUCAACUCCAAAGUACCACACAACUUGAAGUUGACCGUGACCUGCCAGGUUUAUCACCGCUAUCCUCCAUCGUCUCAGCCUGACUACUAGGCUCAUCUACCGUUCCGCAACCACUCUCAACAUAGCCCUUGUCGGUCCUCACUCUAUCCUGUCAUUAAAGCAACCCGAGUUUGUACAGUUACCUGCUCCCCUCUCCAAGGGCACAGACGAGUCCGAGCCUGAGGUUGAAGUGAUUGGGUUAUCUCUGUCACCUCACAUUCACCACCAACAACGGACCACCGCAGUCAUAGAUCGACAUCUUCGCGACUGACAGACUGCACGGUCCUAGACUCAACCUGCAAAGACUCUUGCGACGUCCUGACUACAGGACAACCUCUCGAUUCCAUUCCUCUUCCUCCACUCUUCGCCUCCACCGCCGCACGCAUGCUGUCCUGGCUUGACUUCGCACGGCCGACAGUCUCUCAUCGCUGAGCACCAUCCCGCUCCUCGGUCGUCCCAUCCCGCGGAUUUCAAGCAUAUCCUGUACAGUUUGCUUUGACAAAUUCAGACAAUGGCGGCAAGCCAGGAGAAUGGCUUCUACAGCGCAGGUCAAUUCAUGAAUCCAGGUCCCGCUCCUCGUCCUCCUACUGAUAGGCCUCGACACAUCGAUUUGCAACGUUCCAACACCACGCUGGCCACGACCACCUUCGACACCAUGUCUUAUGGCGCCCCCUCCUCGCCUGCGAUCAGUACCCCCAACGCGCCGUUCUUCUCAAAUGGGAGUUCUCUGUCACUGUCAACCACCGGGAAAACCUCAGGUUCAAUCACAAUCAUCAAAGAAGGCCAUGUGCGCUGCAAAGAAGACAAGUUUCUAGCACAGUGGAACCAACGCUACCUAAUUCUCCGCGAAUUUAGACUGGACUUCCUCAAAAAUGAGAAUGGCAAGGUCAUGCAGACGAUUGCAUUGAACACAAUCACCGGAGUCACCCGAUCAGAGGAAGUCCGUAUGGCUUUCGAAAUCACCCGAGUCUCCAAUCCCAAAGAAGCCAAUGGCAAGAUCAUCAUGAACCGCGAUUUACCCACCAAGACCAUCAUCUGCGAAGUCCACAAUGACGAUGAAAUCUACGACUGGAUCGACAAGAUCUAUGAAAGAUGCCCAGGCAUGGGUGGUGUCAGUAAUCCUACGAAUUUCAGUCAUCGCAUCCAUGUUGGCUUCGACCCACAAACUGGCGGUUUCACCGGGCUACCUCAAGAGUGGGCGAAGUUGUUGAACAACUCGGCCAUUACCAAAGAUGAUUACAAGAAGAACCCGCAGGCGGUCAUUGAAGUACUACAGUUUGUUUCGGACCAGAAGAUGCGGGAACAACAUCCGGAGAUGUACUCCCACGGCAUGGUCACUCCGCCAGCGGCGCAACCCAACAAGCAGCUUGGCUAUCCCGUGGGCGGUAACAGUGUUGCCCCGCCGAGACCGGCACCGCCGACAGAUGCACAGCGAUACAAUGCGAAUCAAUUCAUGAACAAGUACAACGAUGGCCAGGGACGAUCGGGCACGCCACCUUUGAAGCCGCAGUUGCAACGCGCCCAGACUGAUAAAGGAGCCUAUGACAUGGAGGCGGAUGCUGCGCGGAUCAAGGAGAUCGCCAUGCAAGAACAAAAGCGCUUGCAGGCAGAGGCGGAGGCCAAACGAGCUCGGGACAUGGAGAGACAGCGAGAACAAGAGCGGGAAGAAGCGGAGCGGAAUCGUCGAGAACAAGAAGCAUACAACGCCUCCCUGCCCAAGACUCGACCACCGUUGGCUAAACAGGAGCUUGGAGGGUAUGGCGCCGGUUCCUCCGAACGUACUCCAACUCGACAAGACCCGCGAUACAAUCCUGCCAGAGCUGCUCCAAGUGCCCCCCAGCAAUCACCCUCAAACACUCUCCGACAACAGCCGAUUGCACAACGACCCGCGCCAUCCGCGCCGACGAGCAACUCCCAAAAGUCCAUCCCUCAAUCUUCCUCGCCAGCUCAGAACUCUCUACGCUCCCCAGAGAACAGAGACCGGGACCGACAGCCUUCUCCGAACGCCCGAUAUCAACCAGAGAGGGACGCACCCCGCAAAGACACCGCUUUGAAGCAGCAUGCCAAUGGUGUCAAUGGGCAAGUCCCAAGCCGCGUGCCGGGAUCUGUACAACAGCCAAAGCCUCUGAACGUUGCAAAGCAAGCUCAGGCCAAACCCACGAAUGAUCCACGCAAGGAAGCGGAGAUAGCUUUGACUGCGAAGAAGCCGGUUGAGGAACGGGCAAAGGAGGUUCGUAUGUCAAGCAUGAGCGAAAGCGAGGUUAUGGCCAAGCUGAAGCAGGUUGUCUCGAAAGACAAUCCGAUGGACUCUUACAGCAAGCAGAAGAAAAUCGGACAGGGAGCCUCUGGUUCGGUUUAUGUUGCUCGAGUCAAAGAGAGCGCCACGUCACCUGUUGCGCGGGAAAUCUACCGCACCCAUGGGCCCAAAGGUCAGGUUGCUAUCAAACAGAUGGAUCUCCGUAACCAACCACGCAAAGAGCUCAUUGUCAACGAAAUCAUUGUCAUGAAAGAUUCGAAGCACCCGAAUAUUGUCAACUUCCUGGAUUCUUUUCUGCAAGAGCAGAACAAUGAGCUUUGGGUGGUGAUGGAGUUCAUGGAAGGUGGCGCACUCACCGAUAUCAUCGACAACAACCCCGUCAUCACAGAAGACCAGAUUGCCACCAUUUGUUAUGAGACUUGCAAGGGUCUGGCCCAUUUGCAUUCUCAAGACAUUAUCCACCGAGACAUUAAGAGCGACAAUGUGUUGCUCGAUCGGGUUGGAAAUGUCAAAAUCACUGAUUUUGGCUUCUGUGCUAAGCUUACCGAGUCGAAGAGCAAGCGUGCAACCAUGGUGGGCACACCAUACUGGAUGGCGCCCGAGGUGGUCAAGCAGAAAGAGUACGGACCCAAAGUCGACAUCUGGUCCCUGGGUAUCAUGGCUAUCGAGAUGAUUGAAUCCGAACCACCCUAUCUGAACGAGGAGCCGUUGAAGGCGCUAUUUCUGAUUGCCACCAACGGCACUCCUCGAUUGAAGAACCCCAAUAAGCUCUCGCGAGAACUCAAAGCAUUUCUGAGCGUUUGUCUGUGUGUCGAUGUUAGAAGCCGCGCCAGCGCUGACGAAUUAUUGCGGAACGACUUUAUGCGAAUGGGAUGCAGCUUGGCCAGCCUUAGUGAGCUGCUCAAGUGGCGAGAGAAAGGUCGGCAAUAAGCUUGACGCGACAGCCAGGGCCAUGCGAUUUUGAAAGAGCAUGGCCUUGUCGUUUAUUUCUUUUUGCCUUCGGUGUGGAGUUGGUGAAUGUACUGGUGACACUUGAAACUACCCGUCGAGAGGUGUUCCACCGUGUCCCUUUGUGUGCGCUGGAGUCCGCCCAUCCACUUGGAUAUGCGAUGGACCCUUAUGCGCCGCUGCAGCUUAUUGAAGGCCAAAAAACUACCAGAACGUGAUAUGCGACUGAAGUGGAGGGAGCCGGCCGCGUUUAUCCAACCAGAGCCAACACUGUGAAAGGAUGGUAUUCGGGGCAUGUCGCUUUUUAGUGGGUGACAAAGAAAUGCAUUUGGUUGAGGAAGGAUCAAGGAUGAUGCGUGCGAAGAUCAUGAACCUGGGCGGUCUCAACAAGAGCUAGAAAAGCGAGCGUCAAUCCGAUCCCCACAUUCUGCGAUAACAAUCUCUCGAGCUGGACUGAGACGAGCGGAGGGCAAAGCUGCUCGAAAAGAACGAAAAAAGCGGUGCUGCUAUCCGAGAACUGUGCCAGCAGCGCGCAAGAGAAAAGCGAGGAAAGAUCUUGCUUUUACGAUGAUGAUUCAUGGGACACGCUGGAUGGAAUGGGAUGGAUCUUUCCAAGAAAUGAAUUGCAUGCGAGAGAGAGCUGGAAUUUUUUGCGAGAGAAAGAGAAAAGAAAGAAGACCCUUUUUCAGGUGCUGUGACUUGUCUUCUGUUUUCUGCAUUCCCCUUUCCGCCUGAUUCUCGUCAUCGUCGUGGCAGCAUCUACCUACGUACGAGUAGGUGCCGACAUAACCAUCGUAUAAUUCAGUCAAAGUAAAGCUAAGGCUAGGCUAGCUAGAUUGGUAGUUUUGGCGGCAUAGUCGGCGUAAGGUACAUGGCUGAUGAAGUGAGAGGUUAGGCCGAAACACAACCUGGCUGAGGCCUGGCAUGGAAAUACAAUCAAUCACAACGCAUUCUGCAUGCCUGCUUGUGGCCGGGCGCCUCUAUCCGGAAACACCAGCAGCAAGUGACUUGCAAUGCGGCGAGGAGCUAUUCAUUCGAAGGAAUGGUGAUUUGUAAGGACAGUACAAGCC